AUGACUCUUCAGCGGAUUGCUCAGACAGCAGCCAAUUUAUAUCCUGAGAGGAAAGCAGUGUGCUUUGAUGAGUGCAACAAUAAGAUUCCCGCUACAUACACAUACAAAACGGUUACCACCCUAGCCACAGAACUAACUGAUUUUUUGAGGGAGAAGUGUGAUCUCACUGGAAGUCUUGUGAUAGGCCUCUACUGCUAUCCAGGGAUAAAUCUGCCUUCUUGGAUUAUAGGAAUUCUCCAAGUGCCAGCUGCUUAUUCUCCUAUUGAUCCAGAUGCUCUGCCAACCCUGACUACUUAUGUUAUGAAUAAAUGCAACUUCAAAUAUGUCCUUGUAGAAAAAGACAAACUUGAUAAAUUCAAAGUCACUUUUGAACACUUGUUCUGCCACAAUUUCCUUGAAAUACAGAAUGUUGGCUUACUUCUUUUCCAAAGAAACAGCAGUAAUGUUGAUGUAAAUCUGUUGAUUGAUCAUGAAAAUGGUAAAAAUGAAAGGCCUGCAGAGACAAGUUACUGGAAGGAAAAUACUGUAGACCAGAAUGAGACAAAGCAAUCCAAAGAGCUGUUGGAUGUCAGCGAGAAAUACUCCUUAGCCUAUGUUUUGCAUACAUCAGGAACAACAGGGAUUCCCAAAAUUGUCAGAGUGCCACAUAGAUGCAUAGUACCAAAUAUUCUUCAUCUCCGAGAUCUCUUUCAAAUCACCCCAGAUGAUGUGAUAUUCAUGGCUUCUCCCUUGACAUUUGAUCCAUCCGUAGUUGAGCUCUUUGUUACUCUGGCAAGUGGGGCUUCUCUGCUUAUUGUACCCCACCUGAUUAAAAUGGUGCCCCAGGAGUUAUCUGAGGCUCUCUUUCAGCGCCACAGAGUAUCUGUAUUACAGGCUACACCAACACUUCUGAGAAGAUUUGGAGUUCAGCGAAUCAAGUCAACUAUUCUGUCUGCCAGUACUUCUCUGCGAGUCUUAGCACUUGGUGGAGAAGAAUUUCCUGGCUUGAAUGUGCUGAGAAGCUGGAAGGGAAAAGGAAAUAAAACACAAGUGUUCAAUAUCUAUGGCAUUACAGAAGUCUCUUGCUGGGCCACAUGCCACAAGAUCCCUGAAGUGUCGCUUGGUUCUGAUCACCGAUUUGAUUCCCUUGUACCAUUGGGAACCCCGUUAUCUGGAACAAGAGUUGAAGUUAAAGAUUCCAGUGGUUCGGCCAUUCUGGAAGGUGAAGGUCAAGUGUUUAUAGGAGGUGAAGAACGUGUCUGUUUCCUUGAUGAUGAAGUAACAUUGCCUAGGGGCACAAUGAGAGCAACUGGAGAUUUUGUGAGAGUUAAGGAUUCUGAAAUGUUUUACUUGGGGCGGAAGGACAAUCAGAUUAAGCGACAUGGCAAGAGACUAAAUGUUGAGCACAUUCGGCAGCUUGCAGAAGACAACUGUCAAGUGGAAGCCUGUGCAGUGAUAUGGUACCAACAAGAAAAAUUAAUUCUGUUUGUUGUGCCCAAAGGCAGUUUUGAAGGAGGAGAUCUUUUCAGAAAACUCCAGGAAUAUCUCCCCAGCUACGCAGUCCCAGAUGAGCUUUUGUUGAUUGAGACUUUGCCUUUUACAUCGCAUGGCAAAAUUGAUGUGUCUGAGCUGAACAAGGUCUACAGCAGCCAUCUGAAUUCCAGGAGGUGUGAAAGGAAGCUGAAUCAGAGAGAAGAAUUGUGGGAAAGACUGCAAUGGUUCUGGAAGCGUCUUCUGAAUCUUCCAGAUGAUUCCAGCAGCAUUUCAGAAGAUUCAUUGUUUUUGAACAGUGGUGGAGAUUCUUUAAAGUCAUUACGCCUCCAUGAUGAAAUUGAAAAUCUGGUUGGCAGGACCGUUCCUGGCCUCUUGGAAGUUAUUCUCAGUCACUCCAUUGCUGAAGUCUACAAACAUGUCCUAAAAACUGCUUUUCCAAAUGAAGAUCAAAAGUUAAGUCACGACAGUUCUGUGAAAAGACAACGAAGAGACAGUAGUGGAGAGGAGCCACGUAGAAAGUGUGUGGAGCCAAAAGCUGGAGGGUCCCUAAAAAGUGAUGCGCACAAUGUUGGAUUUGUUGCAGUGAGCCGUGGAAAUCGAUUAUGGUCUACUGAGGAACACCUGAAGAACCAGUGUAAUGCAGGAAUUCAGCUAAGAGAACUGAUGCCCACUUCACCUAUUGUAAGUGAAGAAGGAAGGGAUGAAGUUUCAAAGCAUAAUGAAACAAUUGCCAGCAAUGCAAAUAGAACAGAAGUUAAUUCUGUGCAACAAACUCACCUAAAAGAGAACCUUGGAAGAACUGCUGGAAAGUUGACAUUAGACGUAAGGUGGAAGGCAGACUUGGGCAAGUGUGUAGAUGCAUCUCCUCUGGUUGUAAUACCAACCAUUGACCAGAUAUCUGCCUCUGUAUACACUGGAUCUCAUUCUCAUGUGAUUCAAGCAGUUGACCUGUAUUCUGGAAAAGUGAAGUGGGAGAGAUGUCUUGCAGAUCGUGUAGAGUCCUCUGCCUGUGUGUCUAUGUGUGGAAACUUCAUAAUUGUUGGGUGUUAUAAUGGGUUAGUAUAUAUACUCAGAAGCAGUAAUGGGGAAAUACACUGGACAUUUGCGGCGAAAGAUGCUGUGAAAAGUUCUGCAGCAAUGGAUCCUUCCACUGGGCUGGUCUUCAUUGGAUCUCACGACCAACAUGUAUAUGCUCUAGACAUUUAUAAGGAAGAAUGUGUCUGGAAGUUACACAGUGAAGCCGGAGCUGUAUUUUCCUCUCCUUACCUAAAUCUCUUGCCACACCACCUAUAUAUAGCUACACUCGGAGGGAUGCUGCUAGCUGUAAACCCCGUUAUGGGGAGUCCGAUCUGGAAAAGUGUUUGUGGAAAACCUGUCUUUUCAUCACCACAUUGCAACAAGGACUCUGUGUGCGUUGGAUGCGUAGAUGGAAAUUUUUACUGCUUUAGCCACUUCGGACAAAAGGUUUGGCAGUUUUCCACUAAUGGACCAAUUUUUUCAUCACCAUGCAUUUCCAGUUUUACUAGAGAAGUAUUCUUUGGCUCCCAUGACCACUUUAUUUACUGCUGCAAUAUGGAAGGUACUUUAAUGUGGAAGUUUGAAACCACAUCAACUGUCUACGCAACACCAUUCGUUUUCCACAGUCGUGACUUGGAAGAUAAAACACUUCUGGCAGUCAUAUCUACAGAUGGCAGAAUAUGGAUCUUGAACGCUAAAACUGGUGUGGUCGAAGGUUCAGGGAAACUUCCAGGAGAAGUGUUUUCUUCUCCUGUCAUAUGGGGAACUAAGCUUGUUGUUGGCUGUAGAAAUAACUAUGUUUAUUGCUUGGAUUUAUGUAUAUCGAAAAACAAUGAGACCGUCUAA